AUGAAAAUAUAUCGCGCAGAAACCGGUAAACGUCUGCACGUGGACAAUUUUUCCACAGAUUUAGAGAGCAUAAAGGCUGCAGUGGAGCUCGCCUCGGGCGUGCCGGCGAAUAUGCAGAUAUUAAUGACGGGUGACGGCCUACCUGUGAAAGCCGACAAAGUGGAGGAAGUUCUUCGUACUUCUGGAGAGAAUGAGUCAAUAGUAUAUUUGUUCAGUCGCGAAUUGCUUAAUACGACGAAUGUGGUAGAUAAUACGACCUUGCGUGAAGUUGCCAGUUUACAACCUCAAAUACCUUUAUGGCAGUCGGUACAAUUACGCGCGAAUUGGCGAACGUUUAGCAUAGCUGCGUACAUUGAAUUGUUUGAGAAACAUAAUGAGCACGGAAUGAAAUAUGUACUGUCUGCCAAAACACAUUUGGAAUUAUGUGAACGACUGCUUACCGAACAAAAGGUUCAAGCGAAGGCUUUGACAGCUGCAAUGGAAAACUUGGAUGUUCAUAAUAAGUCUAUAACUGAACUACAUCAGGCGUUUCACGACUCAGCCGAGAAGGAGGUUGCAGAGCAGUCCGGAUUAAUUUUUAACGUUUCAGUAGACCUGGAGGUGCUUAAACGUAUAAAGAUUCAUCCUCAAAUUAUGCAAGUUGCUGGUUUGAUACCACAGCAAAAUGAAUCUCACACUUUAGCAAGUUUCAUAUCUGAAGAAGAUCUACUUAAGCUGGAGAAGAGUGGAAAGGCUGUUUUUGAGCAAUUGAAAAAACGCAUCGGUGAUUUGGAACGUACUGUCCGUAAUGUACAGGUAACCACAGACGAGUUGAAACAGAAAAAAUAUGGUACCGAAUUCCUUUCAAUGGACGUUGAAUUAAGCAAGGCACGACAGACGUAUGAAAAAAUAAAAGAGUUGAAUGACAGAUUGCAGCGAGACAUAGGGCGAAUACGAGAGAAAGCUCAGGAAUUGACUAGAUCGUCAACUGAUGCAAUUGAACGUCUGGCUACAAUACACGAAGAUGACUAUUUACCUGACAUGGGUAAGUUCGACAAGAGCUUACGCGACCAGGUCAUAUGGUUUAUACAACGAAAGAAUGCCAUGACGGGUGCGGUGAUGGAUAGUCUCCGAGGGAUUUCGCGGGUGCAAUCAAGCAUUGCUAGUAUACCAUCUGCACUGUCUCGUUUGGAUGCAGAAAUCAAGAAUGCAACUCAUACUUUCAAAGAUUUGUCCAUCGUGCAUGAGAUGCCUCUUGCAUAUGGAUUAACAGUUGUUGAAAUAGUGAGGCGGAAAGAAUACGUGAGAAUCCUUCUUGAAAGGUCGCAGAAACUAGCAGAAGUAUUGAGUCUCUUCCGAAAUGCCGAGCAGAAGCGCCGAGAUACAUAUCGUCUCAACGUAAAAAGAUAUAUGCCCUUCCAUAUAGCGGCACUUGAUGACGCUCCACCGAUGUGUGAGAUUUCUACGGUAAAUCGCAAAGGCCGUUUACCAGAACUUACUAAAGAAGAUAUUCGAGAAUUCGUCAACAUGCUCGAACAAAUGCGAGUAUCGACACACAAGAUGACUGGCAACAAUCAAGCAAAUGACGAUCCAGUGACACAACUGCAAAAUGCCUUAUUGAAAAUGUCUAGUCAAAUAGAUGGCAUGAGCGUUGAAUUUGAGCGCAUAAUAAGAAAUAGCUUCUCAGAUAAACUGCUCACAGAUCGGGAUGUUUCAACGUCGUCGCGUACGAUAUCAACUUAUAGUACUUUAGCUGUUCCCGCAAGAGGACAGGCAUCUCGCAGCGCGAAACGCCUAUCGCGACAAAGUUUUUCUGAAAGUGAAGUCGAUUCCGAAUCGUUGCUUUUAGACAAGUCAAAAAGGCUGGAAUUGGCUGAAAAUAAGCUCAAGAAUUAUGAAUCAAGAAUUAAAGGUCUUGAAAGCAAGUUACAGACAAAUUAUCAAAAUUCGAGAAAAGUUGAGGAAUCUUAUAGCAUAGCUCUUAAGGAAAAUGAAGUCUUAACGAAAAAGGCUACUGAACUAGAUGCUCACAUGCAAGCGCUGGAUGGAUUACACGCGAUGGCAGUAGAGGAGAAAGAAGUGGCUGAGAAACGCGCUAAUGACCUUGAUGAAAAGUAUCGUCAGCUACAGCUUUCUUACAAAGAUAGUGUGCGUGAGGUUGAAACUUUGAAAAAGACGAGUGCCGUGCCUAAUCAAGAUCAACUACUACUAGAGGCUCGUUUAAAUGAUAUACAAAGAGAGAAUGACUUGUUGAAAGAACAGAACCGCAAUAUAUCCGAUCAAUUGAAGGAGGAAACGGAAAAAAGAAUUUCGGAAUCAAUGCUUCACAAAAACACCAGCGAAAACAUUGAACAGCGAUUAACGGAACAGUUGAACGAACGGGAUGAACUAAUCGACCAAUUGCAAAAGCGUCUCGAGGCUGAGGAAUAUAAACGGAAAGAAUUCGAAUCAUUGUAUCAUACCGAGUUGGACAAGACAAAAAACUUGCAAGCACAAUAUUCAGAUUUACACCACUCGAAUGAAAAAGAGAUGGCAUCUUUGCGGUCGAAGCUGAAAGAGAUAGAAAGCGAGCUGACAGGUGAAAUAAAGGCUUACGAAGAGGGAAAGGCUUCGUUGACUAGACAAUUAGAAGAAGCCAAAUCACAAGCAAGCGCUAAGGAGCACGAACAUGCAGACUUGGAACAAGUUUACAAGAAGAUACAAUACGAGUUUGGGCAAUGUCGGGCUGAGCUUGAAAAAAGACGAGAAAGUUCUGAUGGUGAGAUGAAGCAACGAGCUGUACUAGAAAAUGAAAUAAAUGCUCUACGAUCGGAGUCAGAAAGUCUUCUCGAACAAACUCGUAAUUUACAAACCGAAUUAAACGAUCUGGUAGCGAAACGGGAACAAGAGCAUGUGGAAUAUGAGACCUCUUUGGGAGAAAUGCGCGCUCAAAAACAAAAGCUGCAAGAAGAAGUAAAGGAGCUGAAUCUCAAGAUCGAGAGUAAAGAGAUGGAGUAUAAAUCAAACGAACAAAAGCUAGAAGAGAUGAACCAGAAAGCAACGUCACACGCCGCCAAACGUGACAAGAUGCAAACCGAACUCCAGAAAACGAUCGCCGACCUUCAAUCAUCUUUCAAAACACUUCGUUCAUCUUACUCGCGUUACUCCAAAGCAUGCCAUCUAGUCGCUUGCUUGUUACUCGACUAUUACACACAUUUCCACUCACUCAUGUCAUCAUUUCAUAAGCAACUUCCUCUCUCACCCAUAUCAAGUACUUCCACGACUUUCUCUUCAACUUCCAACUCUGACAUGUCAAGAGAAGAUGUUGAAUCCGUGGACAAUCUGGCUGCUGCAACGGUCUCGGAAACAAGCAAAGAGGAGAUGCUAAUAGAAGAAUAUGAAAAGAUAGCGAACGCUGCUAAAACGGUGAAUUUGGAUGAAGUUUGUGGCUGGAUCAAGCGGUCAGUUAAAGAUGCGGAAAGCUUGCUGAAGAAGGCUCAGAAAGAUUUAAAAACUGCUAGAGAAAAGUACCAGAAAGCGAGCCAAGAUGCGAAAGACAAGAUUGCAUUCAGAAAUUUCAGACCAAGCGAUAUCGCACUGUUUCUUCCGACUAGACAAAAUACGACAAAGACGUGGGCUGCUUUCAAUGUCAAUGCUCCCCAUUACUUCUUACGCAGCAACGAGAUGUUAGAACCACAAUUACAAAAUAAGAUGUUUACUGUUAGACGUAUUUUGAAUAUUACAGAACAAGUAGCCGAUUCAAAGAACCCGCAAACGUCAGCCUAUGAACUUCCAGAUGGUGUAAGAUUCUUCCUGGUCGAUGUUGAUCCUACUUGGAAUCCCAAUCAACCGCUGUCUCCCCGUCAUCGCCGACAGUCCGAGUCGCUAUCUUCUUCGAGAUACGAAGCGCCUGUGGAGAAACUAACAAAGAUCGAGAAGCAGGCACUGCGCAUGAGUGCAUCAGUUUCAGAUUUACCCCCGCGAGACAAAAAUAAUGGAAGUGGUUUUGGAUUGGGUGAAACGAGUACACGAAGGAAUAGAUUGGAGAAGAGAAGAAGUUUGGAAGGUGGAUUCGAGAAAAAGGACGAUGGAGAGAAGGAAGGGAAUAAGGAUAGCGAAAACAGUGUAAAGGACAAUAAAGGGCUAUGA